GAUUCCAUGAUUUCUCCAUUUCAAAAACCAGAAUUGAAAUUUUCUUUCCGCAAUGCACGGGGCAGUCGCUGAAGAUUUCAGGGAGAGGACUUCCGAGAAGAAAUCAAAGAGGCAGCCGGCAGAGAGCUUGGAGGCGAGUUUGAGACAAAGCUUGCGCAGAUUCUGUGUUAGUGACAGUAGACGCAAAGGCAGCCACUGGGACACUUCAAUCCAAAACAAAGGGACAAGCGCAACAGUGAAGGCUACAGAUCUGAGUCCCACAAAUUGGGUUUUUGGUCUUCUAAACUUAUUUUUUUCUUUGUUUAGAUAUGGAACUGUGGUUCAUCAAUUUAAUCUCAGAUUUGAUAAUGUUUGGUAUGAACUAAUUUUGCCAUCUAAGGCUACGAUGUAGCCUGAUCAAUUUAAUAUAGAAUUUCAUGAUUU